UACCAACAAUCUCAUUUCCUUUGCUGAAUAGAAAUUCUGAAAUUUUAAUUAUUAAGUCAUGGAAAAUGAUCAACCAGAAGUGGUACCAGAUGCUCCGGAAGUGAUCGACGGCGAAGAAGAACUCUCACAGGAUUCACAAGCGGAUAGCCAGGAGAGUGUUGAACCCGGUACAUCGAACGAAUCGUUCCAAACCCAAGAAAUCCUCCAGCGCAAAUUGUACUUCCUGCUGGAACAUCUUAAGAAAAUGCACGCAACUUUGCCAGAGCAAUAUCAGAUGAGAAUCUCCUACGAAUUACUAGCUGGUUUGGCCAAUUCCUUGCUGAACGACACCAUUUUUGAAAUUGUGAAGGGUCUGAUGGAAAUCCAACAUGUGACGGAAAAACAUUUGAUGCAGGUUCGAGAAAAGGUGGAAAAUGAUCACCAACUGGAAGUUAAACAAUGGGAAUCAAAGAUACAAGAUCCUGAAGAAUUGGAGCAUAUAAUUGCUCUAAUGAAAAUCAAACACACCAAGAACAUGAAGGAAACUGACAUGAAGCUAGUGCUGCAUCUCGAUCAGAAGGUGAAAGAUCAACAGUCGACUCUGGAGAAAGCUGGAGUGCCCGGUUUCUACGUGACGGAGAAUCCGAAAGAGAUUAAAAUACAAAUGUAUUUGUUAGAUUUCAUUCUACGGUUGAGCCGAAUGAAGUUUGAACCGAACAAAUAACAUCAGGCUGUGGCUGUCGAUGAGACAGCAUUCCAAGACUGACAUUUUCCGUAAUAAAAAAGUGACGAUAAA